UCUUCAGAGUACUGUCAUUACACAAUCAAAUUAACAUAUAUUUUUAAUGAAUCAUACAUUCCAACUUAGUUUAAAAUAUUUAGUUUGUAUUCAGUUGUUUCUGGUGAUUUUUAUCAAUGAAAUAACGUAACUUUGCGUGGUUUGCAAACUAAACGACAUCCGAAGAUUAAAGCAUUGAUCUCUUCCAAGUACAGUAUAAUUUAACUCGAGACACACAUUCAUCACUGGUUUACAUUACUCUUAGAGUAAGACAUUCAAUUGGUAAAACUGUCUCAAACUAAACUAUAGUUACAAAUUUUGCCAUGAAUAACCUUGUUGUUCUUAUCUGCAGUGAAUCCGAUAGUGGACAUUCAUCGGAACUUCCUCCUCCCAAUCGCUCUGUAGGAGCGAUACCUCCUGAUGCCCUUUACGCUUCUCCUAAGAGAAAUACUCCAGUCUUGGUUACAGCUACCGAACCUCAUUACGAAAAUUUAAAGUCCGAACGAGGUAAUGGUAGCGUUCUUUAUGCACAUUUGGAUCUGUCGAGCAACGGAAGCGCAAGAAGUAUAGCAAGACCGAGACAAGAAAUAAUUGAAUAUGCAGAAAUCCAAUUUCAGCCAAAAGUCAACGACCAAAUUGACUUAUAAUUGUAUAUAAUACUUUGUACAGACAUUAAGCAAUAUCCUAAAGACAAUUAAAAUAUUCUCCAUCAUUGCAUUGAUUAUUUUUUAUGUAUUUUUUGUACGAAUUUUCAUAAAUGGAGGUGAAUCUCAUUGUAAAUAAUUACAAAAAUCUUUGUACAUUAUCUAUUUU